GUUCCGGCGGCGGAGGUGCACGCGUGAACGAAAACUUCACACAGGGACGCAACAGCUCCGCCAUCUUCCGCAGUUGCAGCGCGAGUGAAUAUGGAGGCGGCCUCUACGCUGGCGGCAGCUUCUCCCAAGCAGAAGAAAGCGCGGUGACCUUCGAGAACUGCACCGGUUCCGGCGGCGGAGGUGCACGCGUGAACGAAAACUUCACACAGGGACGCAACAGCUCCGCCAUCUUCCGCAGCUGCAGUGCGAGUUUUGGGGACGGAGGCGGUGUUGCAACCAAAAUUCUCAACGGCAACGGUUCAAUGCACUUCAAGGCGUGCCGGGCACGUACAGGUGGCGGCCUGAGUAUCACCGGCGGCACAGUACGUCACGACGGUUCGCUCGCUUUCGAGGAGUGCAAUGCCAGCAACACGGGCGGUGGGCUUUACAUGGUUGGCGGCCAAGGACUAUUUGGAAAGCUGCUUUUCGAUCGCUGCGAUGCUGACGUGGCUGCAGCCGCCUUGGCUGCAAUUGCAGCCAAUGGCACAGAAGCGGAGCUUCGACUCGAGGAGCUCUCACUGUUGAGGGACAGCGAAGGCAACGGCGACGACAUCGCAGUUGCAGGCCUCUUGAAGCUCGGCUCCGUUCACCUGAGUACGGCGUCGAGCUCCGGCAUCUACAUCGCAGCACACAACCUUUCUCUCGAAGACGUGAUGGAUUGUACGAACACCUCCGCUUGCACCUUCUAUGCGAACGCCGCCACAAGGGCCGGCUUCCUUUGCCCUUUGGGCACAGGGUGGGUGGAUUUCGAAGCUUGGCAUGGUUUCGGCUGCCUGGCAUGCAAGCCAGGGGACACGCAGGUUCUGAACGUGACGGGCAGGCCGUGCAGUCAGUGCCCCGAAGGGGCUUCCAAAUGCCUGGCCAGCGAGCUGAAGAUGGAGCCCGGGCUCAUGGUGGAAUUGGAGGAUAUCAAGCGCAGCUUCCACUGUCCCAACGAGGCUGCCUGCCCUGGGGGCGACGUAUCCCAGGGAAGGGUGCACCUGGCAAUGUGCGCGGCUGGCUACCGGGGCCAAGGCUGCACGAGCUGCAGCGAUGAGCAUGCCAUGGCGGACAGCAGUGUGUUCUCGUGCACUGCCUGCAGCACAGACCGUCGUGUGCAGGCGGUGCAGUGGAUCACGUUCCUGUCUCAGCGCACCUUCCUUUUCGCAAUCGGAGCGCUGAGCGCCUUUGGAGCCAAGAAGGCUGGGGACCUGAAGCAAAGCAGCAUCUACCUGAACCAGCUGAUGGCCUUUGCCACGAUCUCCAACACGAUCCUGGCUGCCGUUUUGCAGACCCAGACGGCGAAGGACAUCAAAAGCGCCGCCGCGAACUUCUUCUUCAACGCUGCUGUGCACACCGCCGAGGCAGCUUCCGGACAAGGAUCGUUACGCAGCGCCUCCUCGCAGUGUCUUUUGAGCCUUACUUAUGGCUUGGAGGCAUCAAUCUCCGACAACCCUGAAGGUUGUGGCAGCCGGGCUCAUUUCAUCGCUGUCCUUGAUGAAGGAUUCUCGGGUUGCGCUCAUCGCAGGCUCGAGCGUCUCAGUAGGAAAGACUCCAGACACCGCAAUCCUUACUGCUUGAUGCCCCGAACUUUCUGA